AGGCUGGAAGUGGGUGUACUCCCAGAGCACUUUUUAGGAGGUUUAUGGAACCUCGUGCGACUCCGAGCAUCCCCCUCUGUCAAUCGGUUGAGUCUAAUGUGUCAUACCGGCGAUGUUAUUCUUAACCCCGCUUUAUUUUAUUUUUAACUGACAAGAAAAUUGGAUGGGACCGGCACCAGGGCAAGACAAUCCCGGAAAUAACAUGCGUACUCACAGCCUGUCACGUACGCUCACUGGAAUGCAUUGCUGUUGACUGCCGAAGAUAUCUUACACAAUCAAAAUGUGAAUAAAACGGAUACGAUCAAGUUCGCAGUUUGACAGUAUUAAAUGAGAGUUAUUGGUGAAAUCAUAACAAGGAGAAGAGGACUUGGACAUGAAACUUCUGGUGGCUGUGGCAAAAAUCCUCUCCGUCAGGGAAAGCAGAGGCUCAGCUGGAAAAUGAAGCGAGGACGUGAGCUACGUGCGCAUCCAGCAGAUGACGAGGUGAAAUGGAGAGCUUGGGACAUACGGACCUUUUAAAAAGCUCUUCCCGCGGAUGCGUCGCUGUUUCAGCAUCACAAGAGAGGAGGACGACCUGCCAGCAGCUGGGCUUUGGAGAGGCAGAGAUUCAUCACACCUACCGGGCAGACAUGGGGCUAGACUGCUUCUGCGCGGCCCCAGUCGGUAGUCCAACGGCGGCAGAGUUACUCGCGGGUCUGGCCUCUCAGACCGACUCCCCUGCAAUCACAACCCCGACUAAGCAGUCCAAAACCGGCGUGCCGCUGUACAACGCCGGGUUGGUAUCUCCAUCAGCCACGGUGGAGGGGAGCCACGCAGGCAUUUUGGCUCAAACACCAAACGGUUACCCGGCACAUACAAAGGGGGUGGCGGGGGUAGGAGACCCUGUGCACCAGCACACCAGCAGAGCGUGUCUGGUGGAGAGCGGGCACCAGACAGAUCAUGAGAAAUGCCCUUUAGUGUUGAGGAGGAUCAAUUGUGACCUGAGAGCCAGACAGGUGCAGCAACAGAAAAGGAGAUGUGGGGAGAACCGGGGCACGGGGUCGGGAACUCUUAACACUCACACAAUGGGAUCGCCAGGCUCAGGAAGUUCUGUUGAACAGGUUUUUGCUCCCGGGGACUCAGACUUCAAGCGGAGAAGGCUGGUGGAUGAAAGUGUUGCUCACAAACCUUCAGAGGCCUCCAGAUUGGCCCCAGCAGUCGCCCCGCUCACACUCACAGCCAACUGCAGCAACAGUUCCCAUAGCAACCAAAUGACUAUCAAUAAUGUGCACUGUGCCCAAUUUCCCUUUACUCCUCAUACUAACCAGCACAACGGACAUCAAGUGGCCUCCUCAGACCGGCCAGAGGCACCCUGCCAGACCACCCCUGUCGUGGCUAACUGCAUCCCGACCCCUGAACCUGCAGGGGCAGGCUGGUCAGCAGAGCACAUAGCCCAGCAGUACAUUGUCCCCUGCAUGAAAUACUAUGGCAUCUGUGUAAAGGACAACUUCCUGGGCCUUCAGCUGGGCAACAGGGUACUAGAGGAGGUGGAAGUCCUAAACCGCAGUGGGAAAUUUCGGGGCGGUCAGCUGGUGAGCCAGAAAAACAUUCCCUCUAGAAGCAUACGGGGCGACCAGAUUGCCUGGGUGGAGGGACGAGAGCCGGACUGCGAGGGCAUCGGGACGCUGAUGGCUUACAUUGAUGAGGCCGUCAUGUACAGCGCCGCCAAUGGAAAGCUGGGGGACUGUGUCAUCAAUGGACGCACUAAGGCAAUGGUUGCAUGUUACCCUGGGAACGGGGCGGGGUAUGUCCGUCAUGUGGACAACCCUAACGGUGACGGACGCUGCAUCACGUGUAUCUACUAUCUCAACAAGGACUGGGAUGUCAAGAAACAAGGAGGGUUGCUGCAGAUUUACCCUGAAGGAAAAAAUGUGGUAGCCAACAUCAAACCUCUGUUUGACCGGCUGCUCAUAUUCUGGUCCGACCGCAGGAACCCACAUGAAGUCAAGCCAGCCUAUGCUACUCGCUAUGCCAUCACAGUCUGGUACUUUGAUGCCAAAGAGAGAGCUGAAGCUAAAGAGAAGUACAGAUUGGCAACAGGACAGAAAGGUGUUCAAGUGCCUGUAACCCAAAACAGCAGGACAUAAAACUCAGCGUAUCGCUGGAGAGAACUCUGAAAGUAUUAUGUGCCUUCUUGAACUGCUAAUGGACGUUGCAAUCAAAAAGGGAGACACCGUUAAAUUGUCAGCCAUCAUUGCAGCUCCAUGCCAGUCUACAGUGUCAGCUGUCAGACUGACACCACAGGCUGCGAUGUGAUCGGGCUGCAGGACAGAGACAUGGCAGAUAUGGAGCACAAAAGGAGAAGAGAAAAACGUUGAUGUCUUGCGGAAUUUUGUAUAAAGAAAACAAACUGGAAGAAAAGAACAGACUCCCUUAAUUUUAUUUUUCAUUUUUCCCGUUUGGUUUUCUGUGUUGUUUUGAAAAAAUCAAUAGCUUUUCCCUGUUUUAAUGUCAAUUUUAAACAAAAGAUAAUGAAUCAAUGGGGAGAAGAAGGGGCCCAAGGAGUUGUCCCUGGAUUCUUUCCCCCUUGCCUGGGUUUCAUCCACUUGUCUCAAGAUGUUGGCAAGUGUGUAUGUGUCAGUGUAAAAACAGAGGCACGGGAAAAGGAAAACAGUGAGAAGAUUCCCUUUGCUUCUCAUUCAGUCAGACCAGCUUAAAGCACCAACAUUACAGGGAUGCACAUAAAAACAGCAUGAAGACACUGUAGUUUUACCCUCUAUAGCACACUCAGUACAGUUCAAGUAUUUCUGGACAUUACUGCAAUAUCAGGCUGGGAAUUAAGAAUACUUUGCCUCAAAAUCUUAGUGCAACAAAAUCACUGAAUUACCCAGCAUGAACGAUUAUUUUUUUGAAGUUGCAAUGUGUGAAGGUGAUUGUCUAGACACCUAGACAAUACAGUGAGUUUUCUAUAUGACUGAUGUGAAAUAUUAAGAGAGGAGGAAAGCUCAACUGUGGUUAGGGGCAAAACAGGGUUAUGAUGAAAGGGUGUUUUGUGUGUGUGUGUGUGUGUGUGUGUGUGUGUGUGUGUGUGUGUGUGUGUGUGUGUGUGUGUGUGUGUGUGUGUGUGUGUGUGUGUGUGUGUGUGUGUGUGUGUGUGUGUGUGUGUGUGUGUGUGUGUGUGUGUGUGUGUGUGUGUGUGUGUGCGCUCAUAGCUAGCCUGAAUGCGAAUCCAGCUUGACUAUUAACUGUUCUUAACAAGACUGAAACAGUAUGUACCUGCAGUGUGGACAUUUACAGUAUAAAGCACAGAGUUAAGCACACACACUGUUUGGUAACUGCAGGGUCAAACUACUGCCUGCAUGUGUGGGAUCAACUGUUUGUGUGUAAAAAAUGUACCUGCACAUGUAUGUGGCAAUUUCCUGUGUAUUUUAGAUUGGUUAAAGAGAAGGUUAUAUUAAAAUGCACUUUAUUGUUUGAAAUGCUAUGCGUGAAUGAUAGAUAAAGUAUUCUUAAAUAUCUAGAUGAAUGCCUUUAUUCUGUGGAUAAUAUGGUAAUUUUAAUGCAAUAGAAACUAAAAUGAUGAGAACAAAUUGAAAUUGUUUGCAGUUUUUUUUAUUUUGAAAUAAUUAAUUAAAAACUGUCUGUUUUGUACACAAAGACUUUUGUAUUGAUUUACUUAAAAAAUCCCAGUUUUUGUUAAAAUAGUGGAAAACAAGUAAGCAGCUACAUACACAUUUUCAAAGUAAAGAAAUAUCCAUCUUAUGAGGGAAUCACAAUACAGUAAACUUUAGGUGUACUGUAAAAAAGUACAUAUGCCUAAAUAAACAUGGACAGCGCCUUCAAAAGUCUGUCAGAUGAAUUUACAGAUUGUCAAACAUGGUGAACUAUUACAGUUUCAAAAAAUGUUUUGUCUCCUCGUGAAAGGAAGUUCACCAAAGGUUCUGUGUAAUUAAAUUCACCUUUCAGAGACUAGAAGCGAGUUUGUUUUUAAUUGCUGCAACAACAAUAAUUUAUGGUUAUUAUUAAACUGUCUGCUUUGCGAGUACACAGAUACACUUGGGAAGAAGCAUGUUAAACAUCAUCACAAUCAAAUACUGUCAUACAAGACGAUUUUUUCUCUCUUAAAUUACAUCAAUUACACCAUAAAUGCCAUUAACAUUUUUUACAGCAUGUACUGUACAUAUUGUGCUCUUUGUGGUUAAAGGGGUGUCGCAAUAUUUUGUCAGUGUGCUUGUGAAAUUUAAAAAUCACACAUGUAAUCGUUGUGUAAAUGAUCUGGUGCCUCAUAAAUAAUUUAUGUUCACUUAUUUGUGUACACUUUUUACAGCCUAGCUCACUGUCAUUCAUCAGCCAUGUCAACGCUACAGACAACUCUGCAACACAAAAAGACCCAUCAGAACACAUGCUGAGAAGCACAGAUGUUGUUUAUUGGUGUAUUUACAUACACACUGAACACAUAAACAAAUCCCAAAGGAGUAAAUUCCCUCAGUGUAACAUAGUCUCCCUUUCUCUCUAAACAAAAACUCAUGUAUGAAUUAACAAAAAACAGUCUAAAAACAAUUGUAAAUAUAAACUACACUGUGAGAAAAAUAAACACGGUUUGAGGC